GAUUGCCCGUUAUGGCCUCGACGCGCAUACGUGAAGUCUGUGCUCGGACUGAACGAGGUGCUACCCUCAAAUCCGAGUUUGAUUACUUCCGAAAUCUCAUGGAUGCGCCGACUGAUCUCAAAUCGGAAUACUUGCGAAUACUGCGGCGAGCCUAUAUGCGAGACUCACGGCCCAUUCACCCAAGUGUAAUUGAACGUUACCGCCUUGUAGCUUUUAGAGAUCAUGGAAGUUGAGGUCUAUUCAACCCUCAAACCGAUCAGUUCAAUUGUCCAUCUUCCCCAGAGGAUCACAGAAGCACCUAGAUUUUAUCAUGCAACGGCGAAGGAGUUCAUUAUCGGAGAACCAAUCGGUGAUGCAAGCGACCAGUCAUUCUUUAUCAAUGAUACAAAUGGGUAUUCCCUGGGAUUGUCACUCCUCCGAUUUCUAAAGAGUACCUUCAAGUGGAAUGAUUUGGCAAUGCCUACCGAUCGUCCUUUGGGAAACAAGGAGAAGUGGGAGGAAUUUCAGGGGAAGGGACAACCCGAUCAUGUCGAAUAUGCCGUCAAGUACUUGUUCAGCCACUUGGAUCCUUCAAAGCUGUUCUCGCGCGACUCCAAUGAAUUGCAGCAGGAGUUCGAUCACUUCCUCACCAACAACCUACUUUCGUUCAUCGCACUGUCGGGCGGUGAAUUUGAGUUGCCAGAUGAAUUACUUCAAUCGAACAAUCACGAUUCAACUGAACUAUUACGAGAAGCGAAGCGGGCACAUGAAUACGUCAUUGAACGACAUGAGAGACUCAGGGACAGACGUGCAUUGUUCAGUAGGCUCCAAUUUGGAGAGCAUGAUGUUCCCUGGACAUUUGAUCCUUGGCACAUUUUUCGAUCGAUGCUUCCUUUCACUCGGCCAACCUCGUCCCCACUCUUCAAAUUGUAUCGUCAUCUUGCGGAUCCUAUUCGGAUUUUCACUAUUUCCGGAGAAUUCACUGGCCAUUUAAUUCCGUUAAGCAAGCAUGCGAUCAAUGCGCAGAAUGUUAUGGAGACGAAGCUAAGCGGGUUACGAAAGGCGUUUGAUUCGGAGGGUCCGGAGAUAAUCAAUUACAGAGCUCAAUAUUCUGAUCCUGAUAUCUGUAAAGGCAUAGUGACUUCCACAGCAAUCUCGAAAGAUGGACGUUACAUCGCACUCGGCUUUGGAAAUGGUGGCAUCGAAGUUGUUGACAUCGAUCAGCAGCAUGCCAUCACUCAAUUUCAGUGUGACUUGCGCGAUCCCAUAGCCUGGAUUGACUUUAUCUCUGGUAGCUGUCGGAUUGCUGCCGAAGACGAUGAGGGGAACAUAUUCAUUUUCGACCGCGGUUUGCAGCCCCUGAAACUUGGGACCCUCCCUGGUGGGCAUUAUCCACCUGUCACUGCGGUGGCAGAUAAUGGAUCGUUCAUUAUACGACUCCCGCGGCAUCUUGGCUCCAACUGGUACAAAAGCGUGGCGAUCUUGUAUGUUUUGGAGGAGCCAUCCAUUCACAUUCUUUCCUUUCCUAGUACCAUACCCACUCCUCUUCGCCUUAACUCGCCUCAUGGACCCGUUCCACCCUUCCCCCCACCCGUUCCUUGCGGUCUCGCACUUAAACUGUCUCCUGGAGCACGAUAUGUUGUUGCUUGUGACCGGGAACACGCUUUCGUUUGGUCAACCGAGUCAUGCGAGUUCAUUACUAGUCAUAACCUACUAGAUUUUGAAGCUUUUGUUACUAAUACAGCACCCUACCGCCCAUACAUCAUCAGUGGGAACGUCAAGAGCUCAAAGGGUAGCAUCCCUCACAUUCAGGGUUCCAGGACGGAAAAUGACAUAGAUGCAUCGUGGGUGGAGUUGCUGUUCCACAGACUCUCACAAAAGAAAGCUUACGUUCGAGAGCGUCAAGAGCCGCUUGGCGUCCUUAAACCCAAAUUAUGGCUCAGAAACACAUUGGAACUCAUUCUCCCUAUCGAAUAUCAUCCAGUUCUUCUUACCAGGGAACUACGCAACAGACCACAAGAAUGGUAUGGGGAUCGAGUAAUAGGGGGUGAAGAUUUUGUCUACUUUCCUCAUGCUAGCAAGGAUGGGACGCGAUUUUUGGUUCAGGGCCAUAUGAGAGCCCCAAUCGUUGUUGAUAUUAGCCAAAUCGUUUAGCAUCUCUGUACAGUUCCAUGACCUUUUUCUGUACUUGUUAGUUGGCUCGGUGAUAGUGUACGUUGUAGUUGUUUUGACAAUUACAGCCUUUACAUGGUUUUGAAUGUGCACAUCACUAUGCCAGGAUAGAUAGUCCUGGUGAAUAGCAAUGGGGGUG